AACCGACCAUAAAAUGAAGAGCUGAAAGUCUUUAUUUGUUCUGUAAGGAUUAUUGAUCAAUACAGAGUUUUCAACAUCUGCGGCUGCGGUUUUCGAGCGCCUUCGUUUCAUUUGAGAUGUCAAUGGAUUGGAUUAUAUAUCACUGAACGUCACAGCAUACACGUCACUUACUCCUUUUCAAGUAGGUGUGGAGUAUGUGGGCCAGCUGCUGCGGCUGGCUUGGUCUGGAUGAAUCCACUGUGGAGAACACCGGAAGUAGCACACAACAUCAGACCUUCACAAACUCAGGCUUCAGCAGUUACCCAUCUCCAGAAAACACGUGCAAGGCCUGUGGAGGUCGCUUUGACAGCCUCGCCAGGAAGCACAUGUGCAUGGACUGCAAGAAAAGCUUCUGCAGCCAGUGCUCCGCUCAGCUGGACGUCCAGCCGUGGCUGUGCCACACCUGCCAGCGUUUCCGCGGGAUCUUGUACGAGCGAGCUGAGCUGAUGAGGCUGAAGGUGAAGGACCUGAGGGAAUAUCUUCACCUGCACGGGGUCCCCACACAGAUGUGCCGAGAGAAGGAGGAGCUGGUCGAGCUGGUCCUCGGCCAACAGACACCUCCGUCUGACACACACAUUCCUCCCCCAAUAACCACACGCCUGGACCCGCAGGAAGACCCUUACACUCCAUUCAACACCGCAAGCCUGUCGCAGGACAACAGCACAACAGAACUGGGACCUCAGGCUCAAACUACAGAAGAUGCACAGAGCUUGGCUGAGGCGACAGCUGAAAGUGAAAUGGACGAUGAGCUGCAGGUGGAGCAGGAGAUGCAGUCUUCAGACUCUGAAGAAGUGUUGGCUCCUGGGCGACGGGCGUCCCUCUCAGACCUCGGAUCAGCGGAUGAUAUUGAGGCGUUGAGUGUCCGGCAGUUGAAGGAGAUUCUGGCCAGGAACUUUGUCGACUACAAGGGGUGCUGUGAGAAAUGGGAACUGAUGGAGAGAGUCACGCGUCUCUACCACGACCAGAAGGACCUGCAGAACAUGGUGUCUACCGCCAUAGAAGGCACAGACUCUGGAUCUGGGACGGCGGUGGAGGAGACCCUGUGUAAGAUCUGUAUGGACUCGCCCAUCGACUGCGUCCUGCUGGAGUGCGGGCACAUGGUCACAUGCACAAAGUGCGGCAAACGCAUGAGCGAAUGUCCCAUCUGCCGACAGUAUGUGGUGCGGGCAGUGCACGUGUUCAGAUCCUGAGUGACAUUUCCCUUUACACGGUCCUUCCCUCGAACAACAGAUGCUGAAUACAACCGUCAGGUGGCCUUUAAUUCUUGAACAUGUGUCUUCUUGCGGCACUUUAA